AUGAUCGGAGAACCUCCUCAUCACCGUUCAAAUCCCACCGUCCAAAUUCCUCAAUGGGACCCAUACGACGACCAAGCAGCAACAUCACCCUCACCGUCACCCAUCCCUUCAUCUCCAUUCACCAACUUCAACGCCCUAGACUCCUUGACGGCGCUCCACCGUUACCUUCCGUCAAAUGAACCAGACCCCUCUUUCGAAGACGAGCUAGACUUACCAGUGGACGCAUUCUCAUGCGAUCACUUUCGUAUGUACGAGUUCAAAGUGAGAAGGUGUGCACGUGGUCGUUCACAUGAUUGGACUGAGUGUCCGUACGCACAUCCUGGAGAGAAGGCUAGGCGAAGGGACCCACGAAGAUAUCAUUACUCUGGAACGGCCUGCCCGGAGUUUCGUAAAGGUGGUUGCAAGAAAGGGGACUCUUGUGAGUUUGCUCACGGUGUCUUUGAGUGCUGGCUGCAUCCUGCCCGUUAUCGGACUCAGCCGUGUAAGGAUGGUCCGGCUUGUCGCCGCAGGGUUUGUUUUUUCGCUCACACUCCGGAACAGCUUAGAUUUCUCCCUCAGCAUAGUCCUAAAGGAAAUGGAUCUGGAUCCGGGUCUGGUUUUGGGUCGGGGGAAUUUGAUUUUGGGUCCCCGGUUAUGCAUGCUUUUGACUCUUAUAUGGCUAAAGCUGGGUCUUUUGUUUCAUCUCCAACUUCGAUUUUGACUUCGCCGCCAGUUUCCCCACCAUCUGAUUCCCCACCACUGUCUCCAGUUAGUCCACAGGUUAUUGGAGGCGGGGCUGGAUCGGGCUCGUUUAAUUCCAUGAGUGAGCUUCUUGCUUCUAUGCGGGGAUUGCAGCUUGGGAAGAUGAAAAUGGGGUCUCCUGUUGGUUCUUGGGGAGUCCAAUCUGGCUCUAGGUUCGGGUCGCCCCGUGGGUCAUCCCUUCGACCCGGGUUUUGUAGCCUGCCGUCAACUCCUACUAGAACAAUGGCAACUCGGUCUGGACUUGGUCAGUUAGAUAUCUGGGGAGGAGAUGGUAUUUGUGAGGAAGAGCCUGCAAUGGAGAGGGUGGAGUCUGGGAGAGAUUUAAGGGCAAAGAUAUAUGCAAAGCUCAGUAAAGAGAACUCAGUGGACCGUGAUCGAGUUGACUCAGGUGUAUCAGGUCCAGAUGUUGGGUGGGUUUCCGAGUUGGUAAAGUGA